UUGGGUUAGGUGAAGACAGAGAUUGCUAUUUGCCUCCAGGCCACAGGACAGCCCAGGCUUUGUGCUUUCCUGUCCCCAUUUCUCUUGGCUCCUGUCAGUGGCAGAUUUACGAGACUGCAAGAGCCUGUCUUCUGAGGAGGUAGAGAACAUCUUCCAAGCAGGUAUCCUCCGUGGGCCUGUCUUGGAAGCUAGAUCUGCAGCUGCCCUUCAGUCAUGAUUGUUUCAAGAUUAAAGGCCAUUUCCCUGUCAUUGCCAAGCCUUUUUCUUCUUGCUUUUCAUCUCUCAGCAUCACAGAAUGUACCUGAAUACACUGAAGCUGAACAUCAGGAAUGUGUUAGAAAAGAACACCCCACAAUUUCUUUUGAAGAUCUGAAGCCCUGGGUGUCGAAUUUCACCUAUCCAGGUGUGCAUGACUUUUCUCAGCUUGCACUGGAUGCCAACAGGAACCAGCUCAUUGUGGGAGCAAGGAACUACCUCUUCAGACUUAGUCUACACAACGUUUCUCUUAUUCAGGCAACAGCAUGGGGUUCAGAUGAAGACACCAGGAGGUCCUGUCAAAGUAAAGGGAAAACAGAGGAAGAGUGCCAGAACUAUGUCCGAGUGCUGAUUGUUUAUGGCAAGAAGGUUUUUACCUGUGGUACCAAUGCCUUUUCACCAGUGUGUUCCAGCCGACAGGUAGGAAAUCUCAGCAAAAUCAUUGACAGAAUUAAUGGAGUGGCUCGGUGCCCGUACGACCCUCGGCACAACUCGACAGCUGUGAUUACAUCACGAGGAGAACUCUAUGCUGCAACUGUGAUUGAUUUUUCUGGACGGGAUCCUGCUAUUUACCGCAGCCUUGGAAAUGUUCCCCCACUUAGGACAGCACAAUACAACUCCAAAUGGCUCAAUGAGCCUAACUUUAUUGCUGCCUAUGACAUCGGCUUGUUCACCUACUUCUUCUUCCGUGAGAACGCGGUGGAACAUGACUGUGGGAAAACAGUUUAUUCUCGUGUGGCAAGGGUUUGCAAAAAUGAUAUUGGAGGGAGAUUUUUGCUGGAGGACACAUGGACAACUUUCAUGAAGGCCAGACUGAACUGCUCCCGUGCUGGAGAAAUCCCUUUCUAUUACAAUGAAUUGCAAAGCACCUUCUACCUUCCUGAGCAAGAUCUGAUCUACGGUGUCUUCACUACUAAUGUAAACAGCAUAGCUGCCUCAGCAGUGUGUGCCUUCAAUCUGAGUGCCAUUACUCAGGCAUUUAAUGGCCCCUUCCGUUACCAAGAAAACCCAAGAUCAGCCUGGCUGCCAACGUUAAACCCCAUCCCUAAUUUCCAGUGUGGGACACUGAACGAUGACAGCCCUAACGAGAACCUGACGGAGAGAGUCCUGCAGGAUGCACAGCGCUUGUUCCUGAUGAAUGAUGUGGUGCAGCCAGUGACUGUGGAUCCGUAUGUGACUCAGGACAGCAUUCGAUUUUCCAAACUGGUGGUUGAUAUUGUUCAGGGGAAGGAUACUCUCUACCAUGUCAUGUAUAUUGGAACAGAAUAUGGCACCAUCUUGAAGGCCCUUUCUACCACUAACAGAAGUCUGAGGAGUUGUUAUUUGGAGGAAAUGCAGAUCCUUCCUGAUGGACAACAGGAAGCAAUCAAGAGUCUCCAAAUCCUACACAGCGACAGGUCACUCUUUGUGGGUCUAAAUAAUGGAGUGCUAAAAAUUCCUUUGGAGAGAUGCUCCAUGUACAGAACAGAAGGGGAAUGCCUGGGAGCCAGAGACCCUUAUUGUGGCUGGGAUAGCAAGCAGAAGCGAUGCACCACCAUUGAGGACAGCUCCAACAUGAGCCUUUGGACCCAAAAUAUUACUGAGUGCCCAGUGAAAAACCUGACAACAAAUGGAAGACUGGGGCCUUGGUCCCCAUGGCAACUGUGUGAGCAUUCAGAUGGGGACAGCACAGGCUCCUGUAUGUGUAGGUCACGUUCAUGUGAUAGUCCUCGUCCUCGCUGUGGAGGUCGCAGCUGUGAAGGGGCCAGGAUUGAGGUUGCAAACUGUUCAAGAAAUGGCGCUUGGACACCGUGGUCUUCCUGGGCCCCAUGCAGCACCUCCUGUGGGAUCGGCUUCCAGGUCCGGCAGCGAUCCUGCAGCAAUCCCGCACCACGGUACGGGGGCAGAGUCUGUGUUGGACAGAGCAGGGAGGAAAGAUUCUGUAAUGAAAACAGUCCAUGUCCAUUACCGAUUUUUUGGUCUUCGUGGGGACCUUGGAAUAAAUGUAGCGUGAAUUGUGGUGGAGGGAUUCAUUCAAGACAGAGGUCCUGUGAAAAUGGAAACACAUGUCCAGGCUGUGCUGUGGAAUAUAAGACCUGCAACCCGGAGAGCUGCCCAGAGGUGCGCAGGAACACACCCUGGACCCCAUGGAUGCCUGUGAACAUCACCCAGAACGGUGCCCGCCAGGAGCAGCGCUUCCGCUACACGUGCCGGGCCCAGCUGCCAGACCCCCACGAGCUGCAGUUUGGGAGGAAGAAAACUGAGAGUCGGUUCUGCCCCAACGAUGGCUCCGCAGUGUGUGACACUGACUCUCUUGUUGAUGACCUCCUCAAGACUGGUAAGACCUCUGCACGGAUUAUCAAUGGGGGCUGGUCCUUUUGGGGGGCCUGGUCUUCCUGCUCCAGGGACUGUGAGCUGGGCUUUAGGAUCAGGAAGAGAACAUGCACAAACCCUGAACCUAAAAAUGGUGGCUUGCCCUGUGUGGGGUCAGCGAUGGAGUACCAAGACUGCAAUCCUCACCCCUGCCCAGUGAAAGGCUCGUGGUCUUGCUGGACUCCCUGGUCUCACUGCUCAGCCACCUGUGGGGGUGGGCACUAUCAGCGCACGCGGACCUGCACCAACCCGGCUCCGUCCAGCGGGGAGGACAUCUGCAUCGGGCUGCACACCGAGGAGGCCCUCUGCAACACACACCCCUGCCAAGGUGGCUGGUCAGAGUGGUCAGAGUGGAGCCUGUGCAAUGAAGAGGGCAUCCAGUACCGCAGCCGCUACUGCGAGGUGCACAGCCCAGACUCUUCCCAGUGUGUCGGAAACAGCACUCAGUACCAGGACUGCCUGUACAAUGAAAUUCCUGUGAUCCUUCCAGCCUCCAGCAUCGAUGAGAGCACGAACUGUGGAGGUUUUAGUCUCAUCCAUCUGAUUGCCACUGGGGUCUCCUGUUUCUUCGGCUCCAGCCUGUUAACAUUUGUGAUUUACGUGUACUGCCAGCGCUGCCAGAGGCAGUCCCAGGAGUCCACUGUUAUCCACCCAACCACUCCCAACCAUCUCCAUUACAAGGGCAACACAACCCCCAAGAAUGAGAAGUACACCCCUAUGGAGUUCAAGACACUUAACAAGAACAACUUGAUACCGGACGACAGGACCAACUUCUACCCGCUGCAGCAAACCAAUGUGUACACAACAACCUAUUAUCCCAGUACACUGAAUAAAUAUGAUUACAGGCCUGAGGCCUCCCCUGGAAGGACCUUUACCAACAGCUGAUGAUGGACAGACACCAUGGGACUGGAUAACUUCCUAUAUGAUUUUUUUUUUUUAAUUGAUUUUAUGGACCAAAUACUGGCCCAGCUUCUAGAUGUAAAUAUUGUACAGUAGGGUCUUUUUUUUUUUUUUUUUUUUCUUUUGUUAAUUGUGUUUCUUGUAAACAGCACAUCUCCUUACAAAGACAAAAAUUCAAAUGGACCAUUCUGCAGUGCUUUUGUGGAUAUAUGUCUGGAGAUGGCUCUUCUACUGCAACUGUUUAUGGCUGGAAGGUCAGCGUGCUGUCCAAGGCUGAGGCUGUCCAGGAAGGGGCUGUGUGCUGGGCUUGGUGGCCAUUGAGCAGCCACACACAGCACAUGGGAGCACUCCAAGCACAGCAAGAGCAUGGAGCAGGCCUGGAUGCAGCCUUCCUGAGCCAGGACAACAGUGGUGCGCUGGAUGACACACAGCUCAUGGGACAGGCCAAACAGGACUCCAUCAUACCAACAACUUGAAGAACAUUUUCUUUCUCCUUUUUUUAUUUUAAUUUUUGAUUUUUUUAUGUUUCUGAGACAAAAAAAAAGUAGUAACUUUCUAGGGCAGUGUUCCCUGUAUCUUUGACAGAAUCUUUUCAUAUUACAGGAAAUACUCUCUGCAGCCUUCUUUGGUAAUAAGCAGUUCAGCUGAUGAGAAAUAACACACAAAUGAAGUGCAUUACCCAAAGAAGCUUUCCAGAAUGUUUCCAGUCUUAAUUAAAAGAAAAUUAUACAGGCAGUGAGACACUGAGAAAAGUAAAUGUUGGAAUAACAUUGGAGACAUGAACUUGGAGUGCCUAACAAACAAAGAUGUUUAUAUCACUGGAAAAAGAGAUGUGAUGAUUGCCGCACAAGAGCCAUGGGCUUUUUUUCUUUCUUCCUUUCUCUUUUUUUCCCGAGACAGUGUUAACUCUUUUUGUUCUAGCUUUGAUCCUGAUGGUGUGUGCCAGGAGAGGCAAUUUUAGAGGCCAUGCUCUUCUUGUGGGAAAUCACCAUGCUUUGGGCUAAUAUUUCCUCUUGUUUUAUUAUCAGGUUUUAGUUCAUAUACUUUCAAAAAAGGAGUGAUUCUGACUUUGCAGGGGGAAGAUAUUUUUUAAAGGAAUGUUUCCAUAGUCUGACAUGACCCAGAAAGUCUGCUGCACGUUCUUAUAGCGUCUUCCAGUCAAUACUCUAUGAAAUAGUAACACAGCUGAGUAAUGUGCAUUGUUUGCCAAUAUUUCUUUAAUUUUUCUGAGAAAAAAAACAACCCAACAAACAAAUGCUGCUGCAGCUAUUGAAGUAAAUUGGAGCGGUGGCAUUAUUAAACAGUAUAUCCAGCCUUGAAAUGUAAUUUUGUGUAUGUGUGUGACUGUGUCUAUAAGAACUGUAUUAGUCUGAUGCAGAAGCCAUGUUGUCUACAACCAGAUGUUUGUCUGACAUAAUUGUUUGGCAAAAAGGAAACUUAUUGCUGGUGCUUAAUGUACAACUACAUCCAGUGUGUUAGCAACGUGAACAAGUUCACCGCUGUUAUCAUUCAGUGUUUCUAAAUAUUUAUGAUGAACUCCUGAUGCUAAGUAUUUUAGAAUGUCGCAGUACUGAGCAUGAGAUAAAAGUACACCCUGAAAUA